AUGAAUGAUGUAAAGACAAAGAGACAACGGGUUCUAAACCAUCUACAACACAACAUCUAUAAAAAUGCGGAGCUGUAUAGUACUGAGUUUUAUGAGCAGUUUGAUAAAUUCCUUUUUAAUUAUAGCAUGCUUUUAUUAAACGCGUCGAAAAAAAACGAAUUAUUAUGCAGUCAGUUAAGCUUUUUAUGUCAUACAAGCCACUUUUUUAGCAAAAAAAAAAAUGAAAAAAAUUUGAAAAAAGUAGAUGCAGAAAAGGGUCUAAUCAAUCAAAAAGGAAUCAAUAGUGAACAUGAAGAAAAAUAUAUAAAGGAGGUAAAUAUAAAUGAACCUGAAAUAGCAGAAACUGAUAUUGGGAAUUAUUCUGAUAUAAGCAUAGACUUUGGAAGUAGUAGCAGCAGUAUUGGAGAUAAGGAUGAAGAUAAAUUAGAAAACCAAGAAAGUCGUAAUUGCAAUGCAGAUGCAAAUACCGAUUCGUCUGCUAGAUGUAACCCUUUACAGAAUCAGGAUAAUAUAAUAAAUUUAUCAAACGAAGGAAAAAAUAAUUGUGAUAUAAACGAAGAGGAAAUAGUUUUUCAAACAAAUAUAAUAGAAAAUAAAAAAAAAGAAAUAUUAAGUAAAUUAAAUGAGCAAACCGAAGAAGUUAUUACAUUAAUAAAUCAACGUGAAGAACAUAAUAAAAACCCAUUGUUAUUAUAUAGUGAAUUAAACGAAUACAUAAAUUUUUUAAUGAUUAAAAAUAAAGAAGAUAUAAAUUAUGUUGAAGAAUUAUAUUUUUUAUGUUGCCAAUUAGUUAUUCAUUAUAAAAACAAUUUAUAUCCAAGUAUAUUACUAAGUAUAGUCAAAACAUUUAAACAAAUAAAAAAAUAUAUAAAUUAUGUAAAAUAUAUUCAAAUAUUAAUAUAUAUGAGUGAUAUCCCAAUUCAUAGAAUAAAAGGAUAUAUAUAUAAAUGUGUUAGUAACAUGAUUAUAUAUAUAAAUAAAAAAACAAAAGAUGAAAAAUUAAAAAAUUAUGUUUUAGAUUUAUUACAUGAAGCUUUUGCUGAAAAUAGUCAAAGAAAAAUUAUAAAAAAAAAAUAUUCAUCUAAUAUAAAUAAUUUUGUAUAUUUUAAAAAUAUCAAAAUAAAUGAAUCUAUGAAUAAUUUUGCAUGUAGUAUACUUAUCGAAAUGAUAAAAAAAAAUAUUUAUACUCAAAAAAAAAAAAAUAUAAAUAUAAUAUCGGAAGGAAUAUUUUACAAAAAUAUAAAAAUAGUAAAAUGUGUUGCAUAUGCAUUAUUAGGAAAAUAUGAUAUUAAAGAAUUUUCAAUAAAAAUAAAUAAAGAUAUAGAAAAUAAAAAUAAAAAUAUUGAUGAAUUAAAAUCUAUAAGUAAUCAAACACAUCAAAAAAUGACAAAAGCAAAAAUAAAAAGGUUGCAUCUAAAAAAAGAGAAAAUUAUGGAUGAACUUUCUAAUAAUAAAAAUUUAUCGGAUGAUGAAACAGAUGUAUAUGCAUCUAAUUAUGUUAACUACUUAUUUAUAGAUUCAUUAUUUGAUCCAUAUUCAUUUGCAUCUAAAAUAUUUAAUAUUAUAUAUACAAAAUAUAGAUCAAAUAAUAAUAAUAAUAUUAAAAUAUUACUUUUAAAUAUUUUGUGUCGAAUCUAUCAACGAUAUAAAAUCAUAGAAGAAAAUUUUUUUCUGUAUUUUGAAAAUACGAUUUAUCAUUUAAAAAAUAAAAAUACAUUGUCAAAAUAUUUAUCGAUUUUUAUUCAAUCAUUACAUGAUGAUAUACCAGUACAAUAUGUACAAAGAAUUGUCUAUGUUUUAAUCAAAAAGUUUUUGCUUUUAAAUUUAUCAGAAGAAUUUGUUUAUUUAAUUAUUAAUUCAAUAAUUGAAAUCAUUAUUAAAUGCCCAAAUUGUUUAAAUGAUGAAAUAUUUGAAUCUGUCUUAAUAUUUAAAGAUUACAAAAAUAAAAAUAUUUCCAUACUUAUUCGGCGAUUUAUUAACGUUGCAAAAAACACAAACCCUCAUGUUAUGUCUAAAAAAUUAUGGGAUAAAAAAACAGCUAUGUUGGUUCAGCGUGAAAAGCUUUUGCCAACUUUGUCUUCAACUCGACACGACCAAUCACUCUUACAGUAUUCAUACUUGCUCGAUCGAGCCUCAAGGAGGAAACGUGGUCGUGAUAAUGAAGUAGAUGCAGAGGAAGAGGUAGAUGCAGAGGAAGAGGUAGAUGCAGAGGAAGAGGUAGAUGCAGAGGAAGAGGUAGAUGCAGAGGAAGAGGUAGAUGCAGAGGAAGAGGUAGAUGCAGAGGAAGAGGUAGAUGCAGAGGAAGAGGUAGAUGCAGAGGAAGAGGUAGAUGCAGAGGAAGAGGUAGAUGCAGAGGAAGAGGUAGAUGCAGAGGAAGAGGUAGAUGCAGAGGAAGAGGUAGAUGCAGAGGAAGAGGUAGAUGCAGAGGAAGAGGUAGAUGCAGAGGAAGAGGUAGAUGCAGAGGAAGAGGUAGAUGCAGAGGAAGAGGUAGAUGCAGAGGAAGAAGUAGAUGUAAAGGAAGAAGCUGAAGGAGGGGCAAAAAAGGGAGAGAUAAAUGUGAACCGAAAAAAAGCAAGGAGAGAGAAGAAGAUAAAAAAUGAGUUGAUGAUACAAAAAAAAAAUGAAGAAAUAUUAAGUGAAAAAAUAUUGACAGACGACGAUUUUAAAAAAUUAAAAAAAAUGAAAGAAUAUAUUGAAAAUAAUAAAAAUAUCGUUUUGUCCGAAUUAGCAGAAAUAUGUAAUGAUGAAUAUGAUGAUGAUACAGAGAGUGACAGCGAAAAGGAAAAAAUAAUAACAGAAGAUCAAUUAUUAUAUAAAAAAAAAUUAAAAAAAAAAGAAAUUAUUAAAAUUAAAAAUACAAAUAAUGGAGAAUCUCGAUUUAAAACCAACAAAGAAAAGGAAAAAAAAAAAUCAGUUAUGAUGCUUAUGCAAAAAUUAAAAAAAAAAAAAAGUGCAAUAACACAAUAUGGGAAACUUAAAAAAAAAUUAAAAGGAAAACUAGCUUCUAGAGCAAAAAAACGACAAAUCAUAAACAAACGGAUUGCUAAGAAAUUAAGUAGGCGCAAAAGAUAA